CUCCUCCGGCCGGCGCGCCGCGGUUCAGUGAAGUCAUCCGCGGCGGGCGGCGGGUCGCGUUCCAGCCAUGGACAGGAAGCACGAGCACGACGAGCCGGCCGACGCGUUCGCCGGCUUCCGCACGGCGUUUAAAUCGUUCGCCACCGAGGCGAUUCACGUCGGCCAGGAGCCGGAGCAGUGGAAGUCGAUGGCCGUGGUGCCGCCGAUCUCUCUGUCUACGACGUUCAAGCAGCAUGGACCGGGAAACCACGCCGGGUUUGAGUACAGUCGGAGUGGAAAUCCUACGAGACAAUGCCUGGAGAAGGCCGUGGCUGCUCUGGAUGGAGCAAAGUACUCCCUUGCUCUUGCUUCCGGGCUGGCGGCCACAGUGACCAUCACUCACAUGCUCAAAGCCGGUGAUGGGAUUGUCUGCAUGGAUGAUGUAUACGGAGGAACAAAUCGCUACUUCCAAAGAAUUGCCACUGAACUUGGUCUGCAGGUGUCUUUCGCUGAUUGUACAAAGCCAGAGCUGCUUAAGGCGGAGCUGAAGGCCAACACUAGGCUGGUGUGGAUUGAGACGCCCACCAACCCCACAAUGAAGGUUGUUGACAUCCAGGCCUGUUCUGACUUGAUCCAUGAGCACAACAAAGACAUAGUGGUGGUGGUGGACAACACCUUCAUGUCUGCCUACUUCCAGCGCCCCUUGGCUUGUGGAGCUGAUAUUUGCAUGUAUUCAGCCACCAAAUACAUGAAUGGUCACAGUGACGUGGUGAUGGGCCUGGUCUCAACGAACAGGGAAGAUUUGAAUGAGCGACUGAAGUUCCUGCAAAAUGCACUCGGUUGCGUCCCAUCACCCUUUGACUGCUUCCUCGUCAACCGCGGAUUGAAGACGCUACACCUGCGGAUGGAUCGGCACUUCAAGAAUGCCAUGGCCUCCGCUAAGUUUCUCGAGGCCGAUCCCAGGGUGGAGCGCGUCAUCUUCCCAGGCCUGCCCUCUCACCCCCAGCAUGAAGUGAUGAAGAGACAGUGCACCGGGUGUCCGGGCAUGAUCACCUUCUACAUCAAGGGGAAACUGGAGCACGCCACCGCCUUCCUCAGUAACCUCAAAAUGUUUGCAAUAGCUGAGAGUCUUGGCGGUUAUGAAAGUUUAGCUGAACAUCCGGCGAUUAUGACCCACGCAUCAGUGCCAGAAAAAGAGAGGAAUCUGCUGGGGAUCAGUGACACACUGAUCAGACUCUCUGUGGGCCUGGAGGAUGAGGCUGACAUCAUUGAAGACCUGGAGCAGGCACUGGAGGCUGCUCAUCCAAAGAAGCAAUGAAACGUCUUUGUGCUGUCCUCACUGAGGUUGAAUGGGUGUGGUUGAAGACUGGAGGUACCUGACAUCUUCGCAUAUCAACACAUGGUACCUCAGUUCAGCGCACAAACAGCAUCUAUAAGGGAAAACGCUGUUCUUUUAAAAAAAACAAAACAAGUCAUACUGUGUCUGAACAAUUAACACAAUUUGUAAUAAUAAUAAUCAUUUUAACAGGUUUAAUUUUAUUGACCCUUUUGCUGGUUUUUGCUUAUUUUUAUGUCUGUAUUGGUUAUUUUUUUAAUUUGGAAUGCUUUAAUGGGCUGACAUAUUAUUCAGUUAAACUGAUACCCUUGAGUUUAUGGGUCAAUGACAAAUAAAUCUUCCAAAAAGUUACUUUUCAAAGUCGUCUCAGAAUGGAUGGAAUGCAUAUUUUUGCGCAUUUGAACAAAUCUCAUUGGUAAAGUUACAUUUUACAUUGUUGUAAUUUCUUUUUUGACUGUAUUUUUAACUUCAAUAUUUGUAAAAAAAUAAAUAAAUAUAUAUAUAUAUAUAUAUAUAUAUAUAUAUAUAUAUAUAUAUAUAUAUAGCUACCAUUGAUUCUAAGUUAAAUCUUCGGUAAGUGUCCCUAAGUGUCUACAGUACCUGACACGUUGUUAUUUUGUGGUCAUGUUUGUAGUUAUAACAACUUAAAUCAUUACAUUCCAGUAGUCAGGUAUGUAUUAUCUUUGGCAUCCAACUUUACAUUCAGCUCUUCAUAUCACAGGUACUGUAUCAACCACUUAUUCACACGACCUGUUGUUUAUUGGUUUAAAUGAAUACUUUACCUGGUCGCACCAUUAUUAUGAUUACUUGUAAAGUAUUUGGGCUGAUGACAAACACUGAAUCUCUCCCAGUUCAGGAUUCACAUGGUUUUUAUCUGUGCAAAUAAAAUGUUUUACUCAGGCACACCAACCCCCACCCCCUGCUUUACCCCAUGCUUUACCCCCAGCAUUCACAUAUUGCAUCGCUGCUCUUGUAUAAACUUAAUUUGGAACAAACAAUGUCAUUUAUAUAAUCGACGGAUCCAUUAAAAUUAGUUUGCAAUAUGA